GAUAUCAGUCCUCAUGUCUCAGUUAUGACAGAGCGUCAUGAAACACGGCCAGUGCUAUGGCAAAGCUGGAAGUCGGCAGGGGCACCCUUCUUGCACCUGUUCACCAAUAAUCGAGACAACUGUCAACUCCCAGAGCAUGCUAGCCCAUACCUCAGAAGAAAUGAUGGUAGAGCUGCGCUCACAAUGCGCAACAACACGCAACAACUAGUGAGAAGAGAGCCGACCUCGUCGCGUAUUCUCCUUGAAAACCCCCAGCUCAGCAGUAAAUCAACAUGGGACAAUCAGGAGCAGAUAUGUCAGAACUCGGUAUCCAUGGAAGUCGCCUUACGAUCCCCAGAUAUGUGUGCUACUGAGCUCCGAUAUUCUAAUGACUCUCACGCCGAGAAGAUGGACUUGGUCUCAGAGGUGAAAAGUUUGGCUCGGCGGUUUCUCAAUCUAGAUGCUGGGAGCCGUCCCCGCAACACAUCUACGUUGAUUGGAGAUUUACUUGAAGCAGUGCAUGUUCUUCAAGACCACGUCGACACACUCGGAGCGAAAUUCAGCAAAACGGACAUAGUCGAAGCGCCUUCUCAGAAUCUCCAUUAUAAGACUCUUUACCGCAUUCGUUGUCACCAAACUCUACAUUGUCAUGACCAAGUCAUGUACGAGGAUGAGCCUUACUACGAUACAAACAUGACUUGGGGCAAUGACAAAGUCCUUCGGGGCGAUCAUCCCGUUUUUAACGUUGAAUCGUACCUGAUGCAACACCCAGGAUUACAUUUCGUCGUCGUGAAGGAACAUGACUGCGUUUCCUCCCACAAUGCUCUGCUUGAAGAUGCGAAUCAACCGACCGCAGAGGCUCAUGGUUCGCAUGGAAGAGAAAGACUCUGGAUCAUAUCUCCUACACUCCAAAUGGCCCUGAAAGAUAUAUCCCAAUCUACUCUGCCCAUUGCGGACGAUUCGAUCACCUACCUUGCGCAGCUAAACGCGCCCUACGACAUCUUCUUUCAUCAUCAUGGCGAGCUCCUCACCUUGGCCCAGAAAGACAAGUCGCACGGACCUGUAUUGAACACACUGCUUUCUUAUGUGGUCACUAAUUACCAGUCAGACCACGAAGAUGCGAGAUUGAUGUUCACGAACGGGUUUGUGUCCAGCUUUCAUUUAGGGAAACUGUUCAGACCGGGACAGUUGGUGAUCUCAAGUGACUCACACACCGGGGCAUCCAGAGUCUCUAUAGUCAUUGAAUGCAUCCCACAGCCAAAUGGAAGUGUGAAUAUAAAGGGAUGGUGUUGGAAUUUCGACGGCGUGCGACUGGUUCGGGCUAUUUGGAGUGGUGAUAUUGUAAUCCCGUCUCAGCAGCCAAUAGCAAUCAACCAAUUGAUUAUAUAUCCAUCAGAAUAUGCUGCAGACGGGAUUAUGGACACAUUAGCAACUCGUGGAGAAAGAUUCUGGGCCAUCAGAGAUCGAGCUUAUCUCGCGUAUACUGGCUGGGAUGCCCAAAGGAAACACCAAUACUCUGAAUCACGGUUCAUGAUUGAUACCAGUGUCUACAAUGACCUUCACCAUAUUGCUAAGGGAGACUACUCGAUCGCGAAAUGCGACGGAAUGGGCCCUUUUGAACUGCACUUGUGGUCAACCAACCAGAAAUUUGGCGGUGGCGCCGCGCUUGACUGCUGGCCGACCUCUAUAAACACCUCUGAUGUGAGAUUGACGCGCGAAAUGUACUUGCUAUUACCUCCCACCGUCAAAGGCUUCGAUAUGAGUGAGAAGCGUUGGACCCUACUUGACGUUCGACACCUUCACGAUGUCGGAUGGCGCACUGAAGCGCUUGACCGGAUAGUAAUUCCGACAGAGCAUAGAGAAAUGUUGAAAGCCUUGGUGAAAAGCUUCGAGCCCGAAAGGCAGAUAGUGAAGGAUAAUGAUUAUAUGGUACCUGCAAAGGGCCAAGGUUUGAACAUACUGCUUCAUGGUGCUCCUGGUACCGGUAAAACUACGACAGCCGAAUGUGUUGCGGAGUAUGCUCAAAAGCCCCUCUAUCGUUUCACUUGCGGUGACAUAGGCACCGAUCCUCAGUCCGUCGAAAAGUACCUCGAAAGCGCGUUUUUCUUGGCUAAAAGAUGGGACGCUGUUGUAAUUAUGGACGAAGCUGAUGUGUUCCUACAAUCGAGAUCGCAUGGAGAUCUGCAGAGAAACUCAAUGGUCUCAGUCUUCCUUCGUGUGCUUGAAUAUUACAGUGGGAUAUUGAUUCUAACCACCAAUCGAGUCGGUACCUUUGACGAUGCAUUCAAAUCUCGGAUCCAUGUAUCACUGUAUUUCCAGCAGAUACAAAGACAAGACAGAUUACGAAUCUGGGAGUUUUUCGCACAGGAGGUCCGAGCAGAGAUGUCGGAGACUGAUUUUCACCAGUUGGAGCAACGACUUCCAGAUCUUGCUGCCGCUCCCCUAAAUGGAAGACAAAUUAGAAAUGCGAUGAAAUCAGCUAGACAGCUCGCAAUCUAUAGAAAGAUCAGCUUGAACCACGAACACAUCCAACAGGUGGUCGAAACCACACGCGAAUUCGACAAAUAUCUGGAGACAGUGCAUUCACCGGAAGGAGCUGGCGAUCGGUCACGGGAACAACAUAUCGAAUCGGCGCAAGAUAAGCCAGUCGAUCAGGCAAGUAACGGAAGAUCCAUCGAGUUCGGCUUCGACGAAGAUGCCCCACACGGUCCACGAUCGAAAACCACAGCAUAUCCCAAGAAGCAUCGCGUAGUUCAUAGCGGCACCAAAAGAACUUCCAGAAGCAAUAAAACUUCUAAAAAACAUCGGACUCCAUCGGGACAAAGCUCAAGUGUUUCCCUGGACUCGGACAUUCGAUCUGUCGUAGAUCGCCCAGAAACUUCCGAUGCAGACACUCCGACUUCAGCACCGCAAUAUAUCCAUUCCGCAUUGUCGAAGGCAUGGGGUCUCAACAACGGCUCGUCUAAAGAUGAGCUCAGAGAGGCAGAUCUACAAAACCUUGUGGAGGCGUUCGCAAGUCAGCUCCGACCCCAUGCGAAAGAAUGA